AUGUCCAUCCUGAGACACGAUUCUCGCCCAAUCGUGGACGACGCCGAAGGCGCAUACCUAACGUUCGACUGCUGCUCCCAGGGAACCAUUGUGCUGACUUGGUCCAAGAAAGCUGUUCCACAUGCGUUCGUUUACUUUCAUCCCCGGAAGCCCGUUGCGAACUUCAAGUUUACCACGAACGGGGGUCGCACGCAGCUGGCGACGAACGUGCAGAAGGAUCCGCGAAGAUAUUAUCAAGGCAUCUGUGCGUUCCUGAAGACAGUCAAGCAAUUUGAUGGAGAGCUGACUGUCAUCGACCAGAAUGAGGGGCCGAAGCCAGUCGCCGUAGUCCUUCAUAUUGCAGGCACCAAUGGGGUCGUCAAAUGCGAAAAAGGCGUGGCGUAUGACAUAGGUCAAGUCGAUAUCGUAGGCGUGGUUCCCCUGGAUUCUUCCGAAUUUGACUGCAAGACACUGACUUCAUCGUUGUUCCGCGAAAAAGCGGAGCGAGUAGGAGCGGCCUUGACAGUGGCGUGA